UAUGAUACGGCACUGCCCCACAGCAGAACUCGGAAGCUUAUUUUUGUUUCCCUCCGCGCUGAGGAUGUAGUAGGGCACUGCCCCACGGUACAAUUCGGAAUUGCCCGGCGAUAGAAAUCGGCUGUGACAGAAAUUGGGACUUUUUUCACCACAGUCCACCUCUUGGAUGUGGAACCCUGGGGGGAAAAAAAAAAAAAAAAAGUCCUUUUGAAUUUACCUCAUUCGAACUCGUACAUCAGUUGCCCAUGAUUGAAAUGUGUUAAACUAACAUAUAUUAUUUGUUUAUUUUGAGAAAAAGUGGUAAAAUGACGUCAGUUUACCACAUUUUAAUCAUGUCCAACUGAAAAUUAAGUACCUUUUUUUUUGGUGUGUAUAGAGCACUGCCCCAUCUUCAUAAUCAUAUUUGGCCAAUAAUAGAAAUUGUCCAUUUUUUUGCACCGCAGCACCACCUACUGGAUGUUUUACGACACUGCUCCAAAGUAGAAUCGGAAUUUGCCCCCACAAUAGAAAUUGCAACUUUUUCUCACCACAACACCAUCAACACCUAGCGAAUGUGUUAGGACACUGCCCCAUAUGCCCCAGAUACACCACUCUCCUUUUUCUCCGAUUUGACGUAACCAGCAUUGAUGUAUUUUUUUCCCCCCGAGUCAAUUCACUUGUCAGCGUUUAGGCGAUCGCGCCUCUCUAUUCGCGUAACAAUGAAGCGCUUUUGUCACAAACGAGCGCGGAACACGGAAGCUCGUACGGUCCCUGAAGUGGCCGUGGACUCAAGGUUUUCCCAUCAGGCUGGAAUUUUGUUACAUAACGACCCCCCCCACCCACCACCACGCCUCUCGCAUUUUUGAAUAGGCGGUGCUCAAGCUGAUGACAUCACAGCUUUCGAGGGUUUUGGUACCAGUGUGUGUGUGUGCGUGCGACCCACCUUUUAUGGACAAAGACAGCGAGGGAGUUGUAAAAAAAAAAAAAAACAUUUUAAAAGGAAGAAAAGAAAAACAGGAGAGCAGAGGCAGAUAAAGGGAAAGUUGAGGAAAUGAGGGUGAUAAAGGUGUGGGGGGGGGGGGUCUGAGGAAGAGGAGGGGGUUGAGAAGCAAGUGCAUGGGAGCGAGAGAAGAGGUAGAGCAAGAUAAGAAGAGCAUAGAUGGGUGAGAGAGAGAGAGAGAGAGAGACAGGACGAGGAAGUCGGUGAGUGAGGGUGAAGACACACCGGCUUGAGGAGAGAGAGGAUAGACGCAGCAUUGUGUUGCUGCUGAGAUGACUGCACAAAGAGACAUGAAAGAGAAGAACCCGUGGCACAUGUCCGGGAUGGUGGCGGUGGCCGUGAUUGGCGUGAUCGCCGUGGUCACCCUGGUGGUGGUCACGGUGAUCCAGAACAUGCCCCUGGCACAGAAGUACAAGUACGGGAUCGUGCUGGACGCCGGCUCGUCGCACACGACCGUCUUCAUCUACGAGUGGCCCGCCGAGAAGGACAACAACACGGGCCGCGCUGAGCAGAAACACUCCUGCGACGUCAAGGGUCCGGGUAUCUCGAGCUACGUGGGGACGCCGUGGAAGGCCGGCCAGACCCUGACGGAGUGCAUGCGCCAAGCCGAGGACAACGUUCCCGAGAAGAGACGCGCCGAGACGCCGCUCUACCUGGGAGCCACCGCCGGGAUGAGAUUGCUCCAUAUGAAGAACAGCUCGGCAUCCGAGGAGGUAUUCAGGGCCGUGUCGGACACCCUGCAGACCUUCCCGUUCUCGUACCAGGGCGCCAGGAUCCUCAGCGGCCAGGAGGAGGGCGCCUUCGGAUGGGUCACCGUCAACUACUUGGACAACCGCCUCAAACAGGGCCUGAGGACCACGGGGGCCUUGGACCUCGGCGGGGCGUCCACCCAGAUUAGCUUUGUGCCCCAAGCGUCGGAGGGCGCCGAGUCGCCCGGCAACUCUGUGGCCUUCCGUCUGUAUGGAAACGACUACAACCUUUACACCCACAGCUUCCUGUGCUACGGGAAGGAUCAGGCACUCAGAAUGGCGCUGGCACACCACACUCAGUCCGGUCCUGCGGCGAUAAAGGACCCGUGCUUCCACCCAGGCUACUUCGCGACAAAGGCGUACUCGGACCUCUACGACAGCCCCUGCGUGUCGGACAGGAAGCCUCAGGGAGCCCCCGAGUCUUUCCUGCACACUGGAAUAGGAAACUUCCAACAAUGCCAGGACGUGGUCCGGACCCUCUUCAAUUUCAGCCAAUGCAAAUAUAGCCGUUGCUCCUUCAACGGCGUCUACCAACCACCUUUGCAGGGGCACUUUGGGGCGUUCUCGGCCUACUACUACACCAUGAGCUUCUUCAACCUCACCGACACGUCCAUCCCUCUGGACAUAGUCAAGGAAACAAUAGCCCGAUUCUGCGCCACGCCCUGGCAGCAGGUGAAGCAAGAGAAUCCUGGCACCAAGUUGAAGUAUUUGGUGGAGUACUGCUUUGCCGGCGCGUACCUCAUCACCCUGCUGACGGACGGAUACAAUUUCACCGCCGAAACGUACGCCGACAUUAAAUUCAUACACAAGAUCAAAGGAAGUGACGCGGGCUGGACUCUGGGCUACAUGCUGAACCUGACCAACAUGAUCCCGGCCGAGGCUCCCGACACGCCGCCGUUGCCCUACAGCGGCUACGUGACCAUAGUCACCGUCACCGUCUUACUACUCCUGGCCCUCCUAUUGCUGGCCCUCCUAUUGCUCGUCGGGCGCACCUUCAGGCCGAGCUGCUUCAAACGGUCGCUCAUCAUAUAGACGCACUAACGGCCAAGUGCUACUAAGGACUCCACGUCAACUGUGAUGUGAAUAAUAAGAGUGCAUAAAUAAAAUAGCCUACGUUUAUACACACAUUUAUUAUGGUUAGUAAAAUAUCUUUUCAUAUUUUUAUUUUCUGAUAGAUCUAUGUACUAUUCAAAAAGGCUAGACACAUCAUACAGGAUGUGGCUAAUUGUCUCGAGCAGGUUUGGUGGGCCGAAUGUUUGCGUUUGUGAGCGUUUUGGAUCUCAUGGCCAAUCAUCAAACUUUGUCGCCACUCACAGCUUUGGCUAUGAAAGCGUCGCGGGAUCUGUCUAAUAUGCCCCCUUCAAGCCGGUAUAUGUGCAAAACGGGUCAAAGCACUUCCUCCCGCUUCGGGUGAAUGGCAAAGCGACCGUAGGGACAUGAAACCAUCAAAGACGACAAUAUCCCAUGUUUAGGCUUCAUCUGUGUUUACUUAUAUUUGUAUAAAUAAGUGAUAUCCGUGGGUUAUAAGUUUUGUCCAAAGACACCAGCCAUAAAGAAAACAUUUGAGCAAGUUCGGCUGCCAACAAUAAUGUGAUCAAACUGUGGUCAUGCAUGCUCGUUUUAGGGAACCAUACACAGGAAGUCAGCUAUGCCGUUUUCCCGGGUUUGGUCACGUGACAUUCCGCAAUGGCGUAAAAGGGGUGAAAUCCCUCGGAGUUUUAACUAGUUAUUUGCUUUUUUUGUAAAAUGGUGCCCUCUGGUGUUCAAACCCAUAUUGCACAUGAAAAACUUUACAAAGAGUAACAGUUUUGCAUUACUACCUCUCCAAUAAACUAUUCUGUAACAAUUA